AUGGCCUCCGCCGCCGCACAAGCCGCCGCGGCCGCGGCCUCCGCCAACACCAUCGAGCUCGCCCAGACCGGGAAGCGCGACGAGAUCCGCGAGCUCGAGCGCAAGUACCAGGCGCGCUGGACGGACGAAAAGCUCUUCGAGGUCGCCGCGCCGUCGCCCGUGGACCUCGAGGGCCUCACCCCCGCGCAGAUCCGCGAGCAGCACCCCAAGUGGUUCGGCAACUUCCCGUUCCCGUACACGAACGGCUCGCUGCACCUCGGCCAUGCGUUCACCAUCUCCAAAAUCGAGUUCGCGGCGGGGUUCCAGCGCAUGCUGGGCAAGCGCGUGCUCUUCCCGCACGGAUUCCACGUCACGGGCAUGCCGAUCAAGUCUGCCGCGGACAAGAUCGUACGCGAGAUUGAGAUGUUCGGAGAGAACUUCGAGGGAUUUGUCCCCGAGGAGGAGCCUGCCGCCAGCAGUUCCACCGCAGACCCCAAGGCGAAGAAGGGCAAGGUCGCCGCCAAGGCCACCGGCCUCCAAUACCAGUUCCAGAUCAUGGAGUCGAUGGGUGUCCCGCGCGAGGAGAUUAAGAAGUUCGCGGAUCCGUACUUCUGGGUGAAGUACUACCCGCCAAUCUGCAUUGAAGACAACAUGCUAUUUGGUUCCCGUAUAGACUGGCGACGAUCAUUCAUCACCACCGACGCGAACCCGUACUACGACUCCUUCGUCCGCUGGCAGAUGAACAGGCUGCACAAGGCCGGCAAAAUCAAGUUCGGUGAACGCUACACGGUUUAUAGUCCGAAGGACGGCCAACCAUGUAUGGACCACGAUCGCUCUGAGGGUGAGGCCCUUGGCCCGACGGAGUAUACUGGUAUCAAAAUGGAGGUCAUCAGCUGGAGUGAGGAGGCUGGCAAGAUUGUAGCCGAGAAGGCUGGUGGUCGGAAGGUUUACCUUGUGGCUGCAACGCUGAGGCCAGAGACCAUGUACGGCCAGACCAACUGCUUCGUGGGCACCCAGAUCAAGUACGGCGUUUUCGCCAUCAACGACAAGGAAGCGUACGUAUGCACGUACCGCGCUGCCCGUAACAUGGCCUUCCAGGGCAUCAUGCCCGCCCGCGGACAGAUCGACCAGCUUGCUGAGAUCGACGGCUCCCUCAUCGUUGGGGCCAAGAUCAAGGCGCCGUUCUCUAUCAACCCCGAGGUCUACGUGCUACCUAUGGAGAACGUCCUCCCGACGAAGGGCACGGGUGUGGUCACCUCCGUCCCCUCCGAUUCCCCCGACGACUUCCAGACACUGACGGACUUGCGGAAGAAGCCCGAGUUCUACAAAAUCGACCCGUCUUGGGCCGCUAUCGACCCAGUCCCAGUGAUUUCGACGCCAACGUACGGAGAGAUGACGGCGCCAGCGGUGAUCAAGCAGCUCAAGAUCCAGUCGCAAAAGGACACAAAGCAGCUUGCGGAGGCGAAGGAGAUCGCGUACAAGGAGGGCUUCUACAGCGGCACGAUGCUCGUCGGCGACUUCAAGGGCAUGUCUGUCCAAGAUGCGAAGCCGCGCGUACGCGAGAAGCUUAUCGACGCCGGGCUCGCGUUCGCAUACGCCGAACCGGAAGGUCUCAUUGUCUCGCGCAGCGCGGACGAGUGUGUCAUUGCGCUCAUGGAUCAGUGGUACUUGGACUACGGAGAGGAGAGCUGGAGAGCGCAAGCUGAAAAGCUUGUCGCGCGCAUGGAGACGUACAACGUCGAGACGCGCAAUGCCUUCGAGGGUGUUCUCGCGUGGCUGAACAAGUGGGCGUGUGCGCGCAGCUACGGCCUCGGCUCGAAAAUUCCUUGGGACCCGACGUUCUUGGUUGAGAGUCUGAGUGACUCGACCAUUUACAUGUCAUAUUACACUGUCGCCCACCUGCUGCAUAGCAAACUCGACGGUAGCGCUCCUGGGCCCCUCGGUAUCACCGCUGGGCAGAUGACGGACGAGGUCUGGGAGUACGUGCUCAACAACGGCCCCUGGCUAGGCGCGAACGCACCCAUCCCCCAGGAGAAGGCCAACGCGCUCAAGCACGAGUUCGAGUACUUCUACCCCUUCGACGUCCGUUCAUCCGGCAAGGACCUGAUCCCGAACCACUUGACGUUCUGCGUGUAUAUUCACGCCGCGCUCUUCCCUGAAGAGAAGUGGCCGCUGAGCAUGCGCACGAACGGACACCUGAUGGUCAACGGCCAGAAGAUGUCGAAGAGCAAGGGCAACUCGAUGACCAUGCGCCAGUGCAUUGAAAAGUUCGGCGCGGACGCGACGAGGCUGUGUCUCGCCGACGCUGGUGACAGCAUCGAAGACGCUAACUUCGACGAGAAGACGGCAAACGCGAACAUCCUGCGUCUGCACACCCUCAUGGCAUGGUGUGACGAAAUGGUCAAGGAGAAGUCAAAGCUCCGCACCGGCGAGAAGAACUACCACGACGUCGUGUUCGAGCACGAAAUCAACGACCUGAUCGUCAAGACCAAAGAACAUUACGCCAACAUGCACUACAAGGAUGCGCUCAAGUUCGGGUUCUACGAGCUUCAGUCCACCCGCGACUGGUACCGUGAGGUCACCUCUGAGGUUGGCAUGCACGCCGACCUUGUAGAGUGGUGGGUCCGCACCGCUGCGCUCCUCGCCGCGCCCAUCGCACCGCAUUUCGCCGAGCACAUCUGGACUGCUGUCCUCAACGAGCCCAAGUCGGUGCAGCUCGCGCGCUGGCCAGAGCCCACCACGCCAGUCGACCAGACGAUCAUCGACUCGGCGAUGUACAUGCGCGGGACGAUCAAGACCAUGCGCGACGCGGAGCUCUCGCUGCUGAAGAAGAUGGGCAAGGGCAAGCAGGGGCAGGCGACGUACGACCCGAAGAAGCCGCGCGCCGUACGCAUCUACGUCACGAGCGCGUUCCCCGACUGGCAGGAGACGUGCGUGCAGAUCGUCAAGGACGCGUACUCGUCGGAGCACGACAAGGUCGACGACGUCAAGGUCCGUGAGCUCCUCACCCAGCGCGGGUUCAUCAAGGACAAGCGCGCGAUGCCGUUCGUCCAGGCGUUCAAGAAACGCAUGACCCAGUUCGGUGCGCAGACGGCGUUCAACCGCUCGGUGCCGUUCUCGGAGAUGAAGGUGCUUCACGAGAUCCUGCCCUACCUCCAGAAGACUCUCGGCCUUCAAGGCGCGGAGGUUCUGCGGGUGGAGGACGUCAAGUCAACCGACCUGAGCACGCUCUCCAAGAUGUUGAUCGAGACUGCAGAGCCUGGCAGCCCCGCCUUCGAAUACUACAACGUCUGA